AAUUGUGUGAUUCUGAUCUUCACCAAAACACAAAACACAAUUCCCAGGAUUUUUAUUCUGAUGAAUGUCACCAUUGAAAAUUUCUAAUUUAUUAGAAUAUUUGCAAUUAAUUUUUUAAAACGAUUUUUGUCUACCUUAUCAGUAUGACAACGAUAAAAGUUCAUGGGGGUAUUGAUAUCUUACGCUUGCCAGUUAACCAGGAGGAACAUAUAUUCCCUCCUUGGCAGAUAAAAUACACUCAAUCACAUAUAUUGCAUUCCAAGUGUUCUAAACAUGAAGAAUCUUGUCCUCCUGACGUUGAUCCCUGUCAGUUUUGCGAAUACAACAAUGCACUGGAGAUGCCUCACAUGCCAGACAUGGUGUUUCCCAACAAUAUUUUAACUUUGAAGCAUGAAAGAAAAGCAGAGUUUAAUUUCAAUGCUCUCGAUGCAUUAAAACGCGUGGCCAAUGGCAAAAUUAAUUUGAAAUUGGCUUGUGCUGAAGCUUGGCAAGAAUCGAGGUCAGAUUGCAAAGAAUAUCUCCAAGAAAAAGUAAAACCAUUCGAUUGGACUUUUACUACUGAUUACAUGGGCACAAGUUCUGGUUUCCAAGUUACAGAAACUGAUGAACGGAUUGAUAUGGAAAAGCUCAAGAGAAAAGAUAAAAUUUUAUUUUACCAUGAUCUCACUCUCUUUGAAGACGAGCUACAUGAUAACGGAAUAGCUUCUUUGUCAGUUAAAAUCCGAGUAAUGCCAGGAAGUUUAUUUAUUUUACUCCGAUAUUUUCUAAGAAUUGACAACGUAAUGUUGAGGAUCAACGACACUAGAAUAUAUCAUGAGUUUCAUAAAGAUUAUUUGCUACGGGAAUUUACUACCAGAGAAUCUCAAGUACAAGAUUUGAAGGUUCCACAUGCAUUGUUCGUCGACCCAAGUCAAAUAGCUCCUUUUUUACCUCUCAUAAAUAGUUUGUAUCAUAAACUUUUACUUCCACCUAAAGCUGAUACAGUGACCCCUAAAUCAAGUUUAUCUAAAUCAUUAAAUGUAUCCAAUGAAUCAGAAUCCAAAAAUUCAGAGGCAUCAGUAAGCAAUUCUGUCACAUAAAUAAAGUAUUCAAAAUUUUAACUUAUAUUUAAAAACAAAUUAAUUUCAUUAAAAAAGAAAAAAUUAUCUUUAAGAGCUUUGUACAGAAUUAAAUCUCUGGAUCGUAAUAAAAAAAAAAAUUCCUGUAAGUGAACUAGUAAUAAAUAAAAAUACUUUUUUUUUCUAAAAAAAUUUUAUUAAAUUAUAAAAAUAUACUUAAGGCCAUUCUCAGACAGUGCCCCACACUUUUUAAAAAUUUUCAAUGACAACUGUCAUAAGCGUAUCAAAAUUUUAUCAAUUAAUUAAAAAAAAUUAAAACAUUAAUUGAAAGGACAAAUUCGCUGAGAUAUGGAUUUAAGAAAAAAAAAGCUUACAGUUGACAUCAAUCGGGAGUUAAAAAAAAUUUCAGUAAAAUCUUCAUGUCAAUUUAAUAAUUUAAAUUUUCAAAUUUUGUAGGCUAAAAUUUAUUCGACAAAUUUCGUUUAACUCCUCAUUGAUUAUAACUUUUUUGGAAUUCCGUAAAUCUAGUUACGAAUAUUUUUUGAGUCAUAAUAACUAAUUAUUUGGCGUUAUUUGUGUGGAUUUCGUUUUGAUGAUUGAGACUAGAUUAAUCUUAAGAUGAAGCUUUAUAAAUAAUCUGUUAAAUAAAUGUGAAUAAUCGCCUAAUGUUAAUUACACUAAUGUAUACUAUAUGAAUUAAUGUAUGAAUUUCGGAUGACCGCAAGGAGUUACAACUUCAUAGCCAAUAAACAAUAAUUAAUAAUAACUGAGUUAUUUUUUUUUAAUUUUAUAUCUCGGCGAAAUAGCAACUACGUUGUCCCUUUUUCAAUUAAGAUUUUAAUUUUUUUUUAAUUAAUUAAGAGCAUUCUCAAACAGUGUGCCCAACUUUUAGAAAAUGUCCAAUGACCUUGAAUUGUCAUAGUAUGAAAAUUUGAUUAAGUUAAAAAAAACUGAAGCAUUAACAGGGGUUAUCAGAUAUUUUCGGCUGGGUUUUUUUCGAAAACAAAAUCUCCAAAUACAAAACACAGACCGCACUUUGAUGUAUUACUGUCUAAUCUAGCGAUGUGGGCUUUAAUUGUUUCAUAAUAUUCGUUUGUUUAAGAGAAAAACGGCCAAAAUUUCCAUUUACUGUACAAGUGCAACAAAGAUAGUACCGUUUGUGGACUUGAGUGUAACAGAGAGAAAAGUGCAAACCCCUGUUAAUUGAAAAAAGGACAACGUAUUUGCAAUUGCCGAGACAUAGAAUAAAAAAAAAUGACUUACAGUUGAUAUCAAUUAGGAGUUACGCAAAAUUUGUUGAAUCAACUUUAGCCUGAAAUUUAUUUUCCAAAUUUCGUUUAACUCCUAAUUGAUAACUGAGUAAUUUUUUUUUAAAUCUAUAUCUCGGCGAAAUCGUAACUGCGUUGCCCUUUUUUCCAUCAAUGCUUUAACUUUUUUUUAAUUAAUUAUCAAAAUUUGAAUACGGUCAUUACAAUUGGAAGUGAUUAAAUAUUUUUAAAAAGUAGGUGGCAAUGUCUGAGAAUUGUCUUAAUAAAAUUUAAAUACGGUUAUGGCAGUUGAAAGUCAUUGCAUAUUUUUAAAAAGUCGGGAACACUGUCUGAGAAUGCCCUUAAUUACAUCCGAGAUAUCGAAGUUACGUUUAAAAUAUCGAGAGCGUUGUUAAAAAUAAUCUGGAGUGCCUUCAAUAAAUAUAUACGUCUCAUCAUUUCUUUUAGCAGUUGCGAGCGUCCGUCCUGCAAUUAAAUGUUUAUUUAAACAAUAUAAAUUAAUAUAAACUAUUAUAUAUUUAAUUAUAUUAUAUAAUUACCGUUAAAAUUCUGUAUCUCCGGUAGUAGUUGCUGAAUUUUUGGCUUAUAUUUAAUAAGAAUGAACAAAGAAUCUGCGGAUGGAUUUUACAAUGUCCAUUAGCUUCAAUUUCAACAAUUCUCGUUAGUAUGAAUGGAUAAUCGUAAAUAUAAUUAUAAAUAAGAUUCCAUUCUUCCUGGAAAUUUAAUUCAUUUAUUAUUUAUAUACUGACUACUUAUUGAAAAGGAAAGGUAUCAGUUACUUAUCAUUUUAUUACUAAUUGAUUAAAUUAAUUACUAUUUUUUUUUCAAUGCAAGUUUAAAUAAAAAGGAAUAGUGGAAUUGAAUUCGUGAUAAAAUUUCUUUUUAUUUAAGUACCCACAUCAAUAUAUUUUAAUAAAGUUAUUUUUAACGAUCAACUCGCGGUUAAUUCGCGGAUAGUUAACAAAUAACUUACACAUAUUGUUGUGGGUAUUUAUUUUGAAGGAAUAAUCAAUUGAUAAUAAAAUGAUAUUUAACUUAUUAUCCUUCCAUAAAAAAUUAAUUUUUUGUAAUUAUGUAGUUUUUUAUUUUGUUUAAGAUCUUGAUAAUUUUUCUUUUCCAUGGAAUAAAUAAUAUUUUAUAUAUCGACGUUCUAAUUAGCAAAUUGUCUAACUUAAUAUUUUUUAGUACGUGAUUCUGUGCAAUUUUCAGAUACUAAUAGUCAGAAAAAAUAUUAUUUGAGUAGCGUAGACAGAAAUAUACAUAUACUAGAUAUGGAAUUGAUUUUUAGAUGAAAAAAAAAAUUUUCCAUUACUUUUUUUCACAUAAAUGGAGGAUUUUCUGAAAUGGAGUUAGACAAUUUUGUAAUUGGAACUUCAAAUUUUUUUUUAUAAAUCGAGAUGUUGACAAGCUCUAGUUUUUUUUUAUUAAUUUGCUGACGCUCAGAGAAAAUUUCAAUAAAAAAGUCUUUUAAAAAUUGUUUUGUAAAUCAAAAUAUUAAAAAAAUACAUAAUUACUGUAAUUAUAAAUAAAUAUAUAAAACCUCUGAAUUUAAUAAAUGUAAAUCCACUUUAUCAAUAUCCCAUAGCUCUGGAUAUUUCCCUGAGUUUACUUCAUGCUGAAAUUUAUCCAGUAUUUUAGUGAUCCUCGCUAAAUUAUACAAAACGAAAGUGCCCCCACGAUUACAAGUACCAGCUUUAUCAGCAUCAGAAUCAACUUUUAUAAAACAAGGAUGACUUGGUUUAACACUCAUGAAUUCAAAAGUUAUUACAGCUUCAGCAAUAACUUUCAACUGUUGAUCUCCAAUGUCAUCAACGGGUCUCGAAUCAUUGGCUUCUUUGAUAAGCUGAACUUUUUGUUCCAAAUACUCGGAAUAACUCAGCUCAGUUUCUUUGGCAUUAGUACGAGGGUUCUUGACAACUCCACAAAGACAUCUAUCAAACCCAUCUCCAAUAUCUCCUUGGGAUUUCGUUGUCAAAAAUAACUUACGCUCUGCAUUGUCAUCAAUUUCAAAUCCCAGAGUUUUCAAAACAUUCCCGCAAAUGUUUUUCAAAAGAUUCAAACGCGUUGUCGUCAAGCUUGACUCGAAAUCUUCAUUUAUCUCCAAAUAAAUUUUACCACCGUCACUUCUCUUUCCAUACAAUCCCUUCAAUUUAAUAGCAUCUCUUAUUACAUUAUUUAUCAAACACUUUUUAUUUAACGUAACAAAAACUUCACCAUUACCCAGCGUUAAAU